AUGGCAGGCCGCAAUCGUCCUGUCCAACACAAGAAUCUUUCCACAAUACUAUCCAAGCUACAGGGUGCAUUUUCCGAUGUGGUCACUCAUCCUAAAUACGCCACAGACAAGAGGACUCUGGAUAAAACCUGGAAGCUCAUGGAUAAAGUAGUGAAACUGUGUCAACACCAAAAAAUGAACUUGAAAAAUUCGCCCCCCUUUAUCCUAGACAUUUUACCAGAUACCUACCAGAGAUUGAGACUCAUAUACUCCAAAUAUGAAGAUAACUUACAAGCUCUGCACUCUAUAGAACACUUUAAUAUAUUCAUCAUAACUCUGAUGCGAAAAUGUAAGCAAGCUAUCAAACUUUUCAAAGAAGGCAAGGAGAAGAUGUUUGAUGAGAAUUCACACUAUAGAAGGAACUUGACAAAGUUGAGUUUAGUGUUUAGCCAUAUGUUGAGUGAACUGAAAGCCCUGUUUCCCAAUGGUAUUUUUGCUGGGGAUUUAUUUAGGAUCACAAAAUCAGAUGCUGCAGACUUUUGGAGGACCAGCUUUGGAAAUAGCACUCUGGUACCAUGGAAAAUAUUCAGGCAGGAGCUGAACAAAAUUCACCCCAUCAGUUCCGGUUUAGAAGCAAUGGCUCUGAAGUCCACGAUCGACCUCACCUGCAACGAUUACAUAUCGAAUUUCGAAUUUGAUGUCUUCACAAGGCUGUUCCAGCCUUGGGCGACCCUGCUGCGCAACUGGCAGAUCCUCGCAGUCACCCAUCCAGGCUACGUGGCCUUCCUCACCUACGACGAGGUGAAGGCCAGGCUGCAGCGGUACAUCAACAAGGCCGGCAGCUACGUGUUCAGGCUGUCGUGCACCAGGCUGGGCCAAUGGGCGAUAGGCUACGUGACACCCGACGGGGAGAUACUGCAGACGAUACCGCAAAAUAAGAGUUUGAUACAGGCGCUGCUCGACGGGUAUCGGGAAGGAUUCUACCUCUAUCCCGAUGGCAGGACGGUGAACCCCGACCUGUCGUGGGCCGUGCAGCCCAGCCAGGAGGACCACAUCGCCGUCACGCAGGAGCAGUACGAGCUGUACUGCGAGAUGGGCAGCACGUUCCAGCUGUGCAAGAUAUGCGCCGAGAACGACAAGGACGUGCGCAUCGAGCCGUGCGGCCAUCUGCUGUGCACGCCUUGCCUCACCGCCUGGCAAGCUGGUUCCGAGGGCCAAGGCAGCCAGGGCUGCCCCUUCUGCAGGGCGGAGAUCAAGGGCACCGAGCAGAUAGUCGUCGACCCGUUCGAUCCGAAAAAGUCCCAUCAGAGGCCUAAAAGCGUGCCGGCAUCGACGUGCAACGCCGCCAGUCUGGACGAAGAUGACUUGGAAUUAGAGGAUGCGGGUGAGAUAUGGAAUUGUGCCGGUAGCAGUCUUCACGCCCUGUCAAUAACCCCGAGGAGUGAUAUUAAUGCCUCCGCCAGCCCGAUGAUAUCCCCGGGCGGCAGCCCGAAACACCAGCGCCGGACCGCCCCCGCCGCCAUACCCACCGCCGCGCCUCCGCCCCUGCCGCCCCGCAAGAGCUCGCCCACGCAUGACCGCCCACAGUCCGUCACCAAUCUAACGCACGCUCAGUCGGCGUCUGCCCGGGGCGGCCUCAGCGAGGCGCAGUCCGUCACCAAUCUGACGCACGCGCAGUCGGCGUCUGCCCGGGGCGGCCUCAGCGAGGCGCAGUCGGUGACCAAUCUGACGCACGCGACGAUCGAGGUGCCGCCCCCGCGGCUGCCCAAGAGCAACUCGAUGCUGCACAUCGAGCUGGACGGGGUGGAGCGAGAGGUGGAGCUCAGCUCGCCGGAAACCAUUUACGGUGUGGUCAUACAGAACAGCGACUACUACGACAGGAGCACGAUCGACACGAAAACGCCGAACAGACACCUGAGCUGCCCCUCCAACCGCAGCGCGCCCAGAGCGCCCAAACCCGUCAAAUCGAACACCACGCCCAACAUCAGCCUGACCACGCCCAACAUCGGCCUGACCACGCCCAUUACGACCAUGCCACAUUACGUGAACGUGGACGUGCCGGCGAUCAGGCCGCGCUUCAACCCGCUAGAAAGGGCAGCCAACGUGCCCUACGAGAACCUCAACAUGGACUACAUCAAGAAACUUGUGAGCGAGGGGUAUUCGAGGGACGCGGUCAUCAAGGCGCUAGGGAUCACUAGGAACAAUGUCGAAAUGGCUUGUGAUAUUCUGCACGAGUUCGGGACCAAGUUGGGAUAG